AGUGAAGUUUUUUUUUCUUUUUUGGUUUCCCAUUCAGUGUUCGGUACCUGCGUUGGUAAAGCGCUUCCUAACAAAGUCGACUUUGUAACCAGGACACUCGAACCCGAGGCCUUUGGUUAUGGAUGAAGGAGUACUUACCACACCACCACAACUCUUGUUGGUGCCUAUUAGUUAAGUUGCUUAAGCUUUAGAAAGGGCGGAGCUAGUAAGGGCCCAGGGGUUUAUCGGAACCUCUUUGGCGGAAAAUUACAUUAUUUAUACAUGAUUAAAAUUAUUUUUUUAUGUAUAUAUAGUGGAUAUUGAACUGCCUUUGAAUUCUUCGUGGGUUUAAUUCUUCAUAUUUUGAACCCCUUAGUAAAAAAAUUGGCUUUAGUCUCUGAUGCAUAAAUGAGGGCAGUACCAUUUUUAUUUUUUGAUCUACCAACUAGUACCCUUUUUUAUUAGGUAGGUGUUUUGUGAGGAUGUGGGGUGGUGAUGGUGGUGUGAGACUGUAUCGUGGAUUUUGAGAGGAGGGACUCAUUGCUUCGUGAAGUUGAAAGAGGAUCCAAAUGCAGUAAGGUUAUCAAUAAGAGGAACCAAAUGCAGUAAAUCUUUUUGAAAUUAAUUGCGCUUAUUUUGAGUAGAAGAAACAGGGAUACUGAGGUUCUGAACAGCGGUUCCAUAUGCGCUCAUCAAGGUUGAUGUUUUCAAUCUUUAGUACCUGAAAAUUCACUUCUGUAAUUGGAAGUGAGAAAGUUAAUUGAAUUCGCUGUCAUUCUUUAUUUCAAAUUGUUGGAUUUCACUGUUAAAAUUGACACAUAGUCAUGCUACUUUCUUUUUUGAUAAAGUAAUAAAUUUUAUUAGUAAAGGGCAAAAGCUUGCCUGUAUACAAGAAGUAUACCUAAAGUAGAAAACCUCACAAGAGGACAUGUUUUUUUUUACAAAUAACACCCACUCAUCUAUGCAUGUAGGAAUCCUAUGGGUGCACCAAAAAGAAAUAAGAGAAAACAGGCUAUUCUUCAAGUAAACAAAGUCUUUCUCUACUCCCUCAAAAGCUCCUCUAUUCCUCUCUUGCUAUGUGAUCCACAUAAAUGCUAGAGGAGCAACAUCUCAUGCCUUGUAGAAUUAUUAGGAUCCUUGUAAGUAUUUUUUUUUCUCUUCUUUUGUUCCCUUCUGUUUGCAGGUCACCAGCAUAUCCUUAAUGCUGAAGAGUACAACAUUACCAUUUUCAAAAAAUAAAAUAUAAUAUUGUUUCUUUCACAGUGUUCGCCAUCACCCACUCAAGGAUGAACCAUCCAGAAUUUCCCACCAUAAACAAGAAGCUAUCCGACAAUGUAGAUGAAGGUGCCGAGAGCAGAUACGUUGCUUGAAGGAGCGGAAGUUUUUUGCCACAACAGCAAAAAAACUCAAACAACCAAAAAGUGUUCCAGAGGAAAAAGACUAUGUUAAUAUUAUGUGGUGGAAAGAGAGAAUGGAAUUCUUGAGAAAGCCUUCUUCUGUUCUACUGGCUAAGAGGCUUACAUAUUGUAACUUGCUGGGUGUGGAUCCGAGUUUGAGAAAUGGAAGUCUUAAAGAGGGAACACUUAACUCGGAGAUGUUGCAGUUCAAGUCAAAAUUUCCACGUGAAGUUUUGCUCUGUAGAGUAGGAGAUUUUUAUGAAGCAAUUGGAUUCGAUGCUUGUAUUCUUGUGGAAUAUGCUGGUUUAAAUCCAUUUGGUGGCCUGCGCUCAGAUAGUAUACCAAAAGCUGGUUGUCCAGUUGUGAAUCUAAGACAGACGUUGGAUGAUCUCACACGUAAUGGUUUCUCUGUGUGUGUCGUGGAGGAAGUUCAGGGUCCAACUCAAGCUCGUGCUCGUAAGAGCCGAUUUAUAUCAGGGCAUGCACAUCCAGGCAGUCCCUAUGUUUUUGGCCUUGUUGGAGAUGAUCAAGAUCUUGAUUUUCCAGAACCAAUGCCUGUUGUUGGAAUAUCCCGUUCAGCAAAGGGGUAUUGCAUUAUCUCUGUUUAUGAGACUAUGAAGACUUACUCUGUGGAGGAUGGCCUAACUGAAGAAGCCGUAGUCACCAAACUUCGUACUUGUCGAUGCCAUCAUUUGUUUUUGCAUAAUUCAUUGAAGAACAAUUCUUCAGGAACAUCGCGUUGGGGAGAGUUUGGUGAAGGUGGACUUUUGUGGGGAGAAUGUAAUGCUAGACAGCAGGAAUGGUUGGAUGGCAAUCCUAUCGAUGAGCUUUUAUUCAAGGUAAAAGAGCUUUAUGGUCUCGAUGAUGACAUUCCAUUCAGAAAUGUCACUGUUGUUUCAGAAAAUAGGCCCCGUCCUUUACACCUUGGAACUGCCACACAAAUUGGUGCUAUUCCAACCGAAGGGAUUCCAUGUUUGUUAAAGGUGUUGCUUCCUCCACAUUGCAGUGGUCUACCAGCCCUGUAUAUUAGGGAUCUUCUUUUAAAUCCACCAGCCUAUGAGAUUUCUUCAGACAUUCAAGAGGCAUGCAGACUUAUGAUGAGCGUCACAUGUUCAAUUCCUGAUUUUACUUGUAUUUCAUCUGCAAAGCUGGUCAAGCUGCUUGAGUUGAGGGAGGCAAAUCAUGUAGAGUUCUGCAAAAUAAAGAGCAUGGUCGAAGAGAUACUGCAGUUGUAUAGAAAUUCAGAACUUCGUGCUAUUGUAGAGUUACUGAUGGAUCCUACUUGGGUGGCAACUGGGUUGAAAGUUGAUUUUGAUACACUAGUAAAUGAAUGUGGAAAGAUUUCUUGUAGAAUCAGUGAAAUAAUAUCCGUACAUGGUGAAAGGGAUCAAAAGGUUAGUUCCUAUCCUAUCAUCCCAAAUGAUUUCUUUGAAGAUAUGGAGUUGUUGUGGAAAGGCCGUGUCAAGAGGAUCCAUUUGGAGGAAGCAUAUGCAGAAGUAGAAAAGGCUGCAGAUGCUUUAUCUUUAGCUAUAACAGAAGAUUUCCUGCCUAUUAUUUCAAGAAUAAGUGCCACGAUGGCCCCACUUGGAGGAACUAAAGGGGAGAUUUUGUAUGCUCGAGAGCAUGGAGCUGUAUGGUUUAAGGGAAAGCGAUUUGUACCAACUGUUUGGGCUGGAACCGCUGGAGAAGAACAAAUUAAGCAUCUCAAACCUGCUCUAGAUUCAAAGGGGAAGAAGGUUGGAGAAGAAUGGUUCACUACAAUGAGGGUGGAAGAUGCAAUAGCUAGGUAUCACGAGGCAAGUGCUAAGGCAAAGUCAAGGGUCUUGGAAUUGCUAAGGGGACUUUCUUCAGAAUUACUAUCUAAGAUCAAUAUCCUUAUCUUUGCAUCUGUCUUGAAUGUGAUAGCAAAGUCAUUAUUUUCUCAUGUGAGUGAAGGGAGAAGAAGAAAUUGGAUUUUCCCAACAAUCACGCAAUUUAACAAAUGUCAGGACACAGAGGCACUUAAUGGAACUGAGGGAAUGAAGAUAAUUGGUCUAUCUCCUUAUUGGUUUGAUGCAGCACGGGGGACUGGUGUACAGAAUACAGUAGAUAUGCAGUCCAUGUUUCUUUUAACAGGUCCAAAUGGUGGGGGCAAAUCAAGCUUGCUGCGAUCGUUGUGUGCAGCUGCAUUGCUAGGAAUGUGUGGGUUCAUGGUUCCAGCUGAAUCGGCUGUCAUUCCUCAUUUUGACUCAAUUAUGCUGCAUAUGAAAUCAUAUGAUAGUCCUGCUGAUGGAAAAAGUUCAUUUCAGAUUGAAAUGUCUGAAAUUCGGUCUCUGAUUACUGGUGCCACUUCAAGCAGUCUUGUACUUAUAGAUGAAAUAUGUCGAGGAACAGAAACAGCAAAAGGGACAUGUAUUGCUGGAAGUGUCAUAGAAACCCUGGACGCAAUUGGCUGUUUGGGAAUUGUAUCAACCCACUUGCAUGGAAUUUUUGAUUUACCCCUGAAAAUCAAGAAGACCGUGUAUAAAGCAAUGGGAGCUGAGUAUGUUGAUGGUCAACCAAUACCAACUUGGAAACUCAUUGAUGGGGUCUGUAAAGAGAGUCUUGCAUUUGAAACAGCUCAGAGAGAAGGAAUUCCAGAAAUAUUAAUCCAAAGAGCAGAAGAAUUGUAUAAUUCAGCUUACGGGAAUCAGAUACCAAUGAAGAAAGACCAAAUAAGACCUCUUUGUUCAGAUAUUGACCUCAAUAGCACAGAUAAAAGCUCUGACCAAUUAAAUGGUACAAGACUAAUAGCUUUGGAUUCUAGCACAAAGUUAAUGCAUCGAAUGGGAAUUUCAAGCAAGAAACUUGAAGAUGCUAUCUGUCUUAUCUGUGAGAAGAAGUUAAUUGAGCUGUAUAAAAUGAAAAAUCCGUCAGAAAUGGCAAUGGUGAAUUGUGUUCUUAUUGCUGCCAGGGAACAGCCGGCUCCAUCAACAAUUGGUGCUUCAAGUGUCUAUACAAUGCUAAGACCUGACAAAAAGUUGUAUGUUGGACAGACUGAUGAUCUUGAGGGCAGAGUCCGUGCUCAUCGCUUGAAGGAGGGAAUGGAAAACGCAUCAUUCCUAUAUUUCCUAGUCUCUGGCAAGAGCAUCGCCUGCCAAUUGGAAACUCUUCUUAUAAAUCAACUUCCUAAUUAUGGUUUUCAGCUAACAAACGUUGCUGAUGGUAAGCAUCGUAAUUUUGGCACAACCAAUCUCUCCCCAGAACCUUCAACCGCGCUUAGAUGAACUCAUCAGUCUGUUCUGGAAGAGUCCAAAGUUGGUGUAUAAAAAUUGUAUUAGUUUUUGAAAUUUUUUAAGGGAUGAGUAAUUCAACUUUCAGUGGCUGCAGCAAUUUUGGGUUAGUUUUAGCUUCUCCACCUGUAUAUCUCAUCAUCACCUGUGAAACUAAGGGUUAAUUUAUGCCUUAUUUUGAUUUAGCUAUGACUAACACUUUGAUACCUAAGUAUGAGUGUCCUGACAAAGAUGUGGUCUAACAGUUAAUGAAGUGCGUGAAAAUUAUGAGAGACGACUACAACAAUGUUUUUAGACCAAUAUAACUUUGUAAUCAUCAGCGGUAGAAUCAUAACAUAA